CUACAUUCGAAAACGCCAUUAGUGUGCAUCUUACAUCAGCGUCGACAGGCGUCAAGUACUUGGUUAUUUCAUUUCGUCGUAUCGAUUAUUCUUUCCGCAUAUGAUCGAUCGUUUUCGUUUAAAAACAAGCGCACAAUAAAACAGCAAGAACAAAGUUUGUAUGGAGAAAACUUUGAUGACGUGCGUGUAUAUGCGAAUGUGAUACUUAUCAACAUUUUACGAUUUUUCGUUUCGUUUUCGAUAAUGAUAUUUCGGAAAUUUAGCGAAUUAUUUAAAAUUCUAAUCAAGUAAUAUAAUUACUGUCUUUAUGACUAUAAUCGAUAAACGAGUCAUUUAUAACGAGAGAGAAUUGUGAAAAUGCAUAUACAUCUUACGCAUAUACAUCUCAUAUUAGAGUUGAUACAUAUGUGUAUAUACACAUUUGCAACUAAGCAUAUAUGUAAUUUCAAUACAUGGAAGAUUAUCCGUUUGUAAAAUUUCUUUAUCUUAUAUCAAAGAAUUGUCCAGUAACAAAAAAGUGAGACAAUAUGGACUCGGCUGCGACGGAGUUGGAACAUAUAGAGAAGCUGGCAAAGGAAGCUGAAUGCUUAAAGAUACGUUUGGAAGAUGAGCGACAGAAGUUAAAUGAUAUCACGCUUGCUAGUGUAGCUGAUAGGCUCGAAGCAAUUAAUUGUAUAAAUGUAAAACCCAGACGUAUCUUAAAAGGACAUCAAGCCAAAGUUUUAUGUUCCGAUUGGUCUCCUGAUAAGCGUCAUAUUGUUUCCUCUUCGCAGGAUGGAAGAAUGAUUAUAUGGGAUGCCUUUACUACAAAUAAAGAACAUGCUGUUAGUAUGCCAACCAGAUGGGUGAUGGCAUGUGCUUAUGGCCCUAGUGGCACUUUAGUUGCAUGCGGAGGUUUGGAUAAUAAAGUUACAGUAUAUACAUUAAGUCUAGAGGAUGAUGUUUCGGCUCAUAAAAAAACCGUUGGCACACAUACGUCGUAUAUGUCAUGCUGUGCGUUUCCCAACAGUGAUCAACAGAUUUUAACGGGCAGCGGGGACAGCACAUGUGGUUUGUGGGAUGUAGAGAGUGGACAACUAUUACAGAGUUUUCAAGGACAUUCCAGCGAUGUCAUGUCCAUUGAUUUAGCCCCGAGUGAAACGGGGAAUACAUUUGUGUCAGGUGGUUGCGACAAAUUGGUUUUAAUUUGGGAUAUGCGCAGUGGCCAGUGUGUACAAAGCUUCGAAGGACAUCAAUCCGAUGUUAACUCAGUGAGAUUUCAUCCAGGCGGUGAUGCGGUAGCAACAGGUUCGGACGAUGCUACUUGUCGCUUAUUCGAUCUGCGCGCUGAUAGAGAAGUCGCGGUAUAUGCAAAAGAGAGUAUAAUAUUUGGUGCGAAUGCGGUUGAUCUGAGUGUAAGCGGGCGAUUGCUUUUCGCCGGAUACAAUGAUUAUACAGUGAACGUGUGGGAUACUUUAAAAUGCCAACGAGUGGCAUUAUUGUACGGGCAUGAAAAUCGAGUUUCAUGUCUAAGGGUUUCACCGGAUGGUACUGCUCUAUCUACUGGAAGCUGGGAUUCAACUUUACGAGUUUGGGCUUAAGAUUAUAACUAUUAUGUUAAGAAUGUUGGGAUACUCUUCCUAUUCAGCAGAUAAUAUAUAUUUCCUAUUUUGUCUUAUUUAUUUAAAUUCUCGCCUUUGCAGCUAUUUUUUAUAUGUUAAUUCUUGUUUUCAUAAAAUACCAUAUAUAUAUAUAUAUAUAUA